AUGGCUGAGACUGACAAGAAACAAGAACAAGAAAAUCACGCGGAUGGUGAGGACAAGCCCAAGCCAUGUUGCGUCUGUAAACCAGAAAAGGAGGAGCGGGAUACAUGCAUCCUGUUUAAUGGGCAAGACUCUGAAAAGUGCAAAGAGUUCAUCGAGAAAUAUAAGGAAUGCAUGAAGGGCUAUGGUUUCGAAGUGCCAAGUGCGAAUUAG